UUACGAUUUCUCAAAGUGUAUCUUUGCAAAUUAAAAUACAAAACGAACCUACUAUUUAUGAUCUGCCAAUUGCACCUGCUUUCAGAAUUUUUUCCGCACCUGUUCAAGACCCUUCUGAACCACAUGGUGACAGUGCAAUCUUUCGUUUAAAAAAAGGAGUUUAUAAUAGUAUGAAUGGAAAAACCACUGAUUUGUCAGUUAUAUGCAAGUAUAAUCCGAAAGGUCGCCAUUCGAAUGUAGCUGAAGCUACACAUCAUCAAACUAUUUUUUCUGUUGCUGGUGAACUAAUUUUUGUUGAGAAAUCUGCUUUUGUGUUAUAUGAAGCAAUAGAAUGGAAUUAUUAUAUAAUGCGAGAAAAUUUAAAAUCGCAGUC